AGGCCACUCUGGGUACUUUGUAUGUAAUGCCCAUUGGAUCAAUUCCAAAUCUCUGUCAAGUGUCUAGCUAUACAAGUUAAGCUCUAGCUAGGAGGUAGGCAGAGAAGGAUUAGAUUCUAAGAGAAUUGGGUUCCAAUUAUACAAGCAAAUUGAUUACCAAUAUCUCCAUUUGGGCACCUUAUCUUAUGCCAUAUCUCCAAAUUCAAGAGGCUUCAAUUGCAUCAGAACCAGUGGAUUGAUGCAAAGGAAGAGAUUCUUGGGGUCAGUGGCAUGCAGCUGGGAAAAGCUGGUGACAUCAGGCAGGAUACCAGUUGCUGAGUGUGACGAGGAGGGAGAGUUGGACUUGCUCGUGGAUUUGUUUACUUGAGUUGUGUGCAUAGGUUCUUGCUCAGAUAAUUAAGGAGGUUGUUCUUGAGAGACCAGAGAAGAUGGGACCCUCGUCGUCGUCCUCAGAGUCGACGACCAUCGCGGUUUGCGCAAGACGGGGACGCCACCGACAGCGUUAUGAAGGAUGCUAUCGCCUUGUCUCCGGAUGCAUCCCUUACAUGCUCAAGGAAGACGGCGAAGAAAACUGCCAUGAUGUGCUAAGCAGGCUGCAAGUGCUCAUGAUCUCGACGCCGAAGCGAAGCGAUCUCAUCUUCCCAAAGGGUGGAUGGGAGGACGACGAGAGCAUGGACGAAGCUGCGUGCAGGGAGGCAUUCGAGGAAGCAGGCGUCAAGGGCAUUAUCAGUACGACAUCAUUGGGAGAAUGGAUCUUCAAGAGCAAGAGCAAGCAGAACAGCUGUAGCCUGCAAGGGGCUUGCAAGGGCUUCAUAUUCGCCCUCCAGGUCACGGAGCUGCUGGAAUCAUGGCCUGAGCAGGUCACCCAUGGCAGGAGAUGGGUAAGCAGCUCAUCCUACACUUGA